AUGGGGAAGGCGCCACAAGACUCCGACGACGAUGAUGACGAGGAGGAGGAGGAGGAAGAGCAGUCUCAAGCGUCGGAGGGCGCCAGCAGUGACGCUGCGGGUGACGAGGAGGCCGAAAUGAGGCUCGAGGACGGGGAGGCGGAGGAGCUCGACGACGACGUGGCGGCGUGGUCAGCGUCCGACGUGGAGUUUGUCGAGNAGGCUCGCCGCCGGCUGGCGGUAGUGAACUGCAGCUGGGACCACGUGCGUGCAGUGGACCUCUACGCGAUUCUCUUCUACGCGCUGCCCUUAGGUGGACAGCUCGUCAACGUCUCCGUCUACAUGAGUGAGUUUGGCAAACGCAUGGUGGAGCAUGAGCGUGUGCACGGCCCGGACCUCUGGGUUAAGAAUGAUGAGGCGGAGCCGAAGCAGGACACCGCCGCGGGAUCUCGCUACCACCGCAACGGCGCGGGUGACGAGUCAAAUUAUGAUGACGAAGACGGCAACAACAACAAAAACGACGGCGACGAUGACCCGUGGGAGGUCGACAACGUUGCGAUGCUGCACGAGGUGGGCGAGGAUGGCGAACUCUUCUCGCAGGGGAAGCACCGUAAGUACGAGCGGGACCGCAUGAAGUAUUACUACGCCAUCGCCACCUUCGACUCUGCGGAAACAGCAGAGACGGUCUACAAGCAGCUGGACGGCAUGGACAUUGAGUCCAGCGGCGUCGUGCUCGACCUUCGCUACGUCGACGACGACGAGGUUUUCGAGAACCCUGUUAGCAGCGCCGACCGCAUCCCUGCAAAUUUCAAGCCGCUCGCCGCAUUUAAGUCAGCGGCGCUGUCGCAGACCCGCUUCCGCAUCUCGUGGGACCAGGACGACAUGUUCCGCUACCGCUCGAUACGCGACAGCCUCACUGGUGAGGCUGCGGAAGAUGACCUCGCCGCGUACAUCGCUCCUCCUGACUCGUCGGACGAGGACGAGGUUGGCGACAGCAGCAACAACAAGGAGAAGAAAAGUCGCGAAAAACUACGCAUUCGUAAGAAGUAUGCAGCGUUACUGGAGGAGAUUGGUGGUCUUCCUCAGGACUACGAGGGCAGUGACCAUGGGGGGGACAGCGAUGAAGGGGAUGAGGAGGACGGCGAUGACGACUCGUUGAACCGCUUCAGCGAUGUUGAGAUGGAUGAGGAUGAGGAACAGCAGUCGGGGGAUAAUGACGGCGAGGUGAUGGGGGACAUGGAGGCGACGCUCGACCUCGACGCAGGGACUAAGGCGGCGCAGCUUCAACGCGAGGCGAAGAUCAAGCAGAUGAUGAAUUCGGCAGACCUCGGCAGCAAAGCGGAGCUCAAGUACAAGCUGCGGCGCAAGGAGAUGCGCAAGACUAAGAAGGAGAUGCUCGCGCAGGAGCGGGAGGAGGAAGUGGCGCGGCUGCAGUCCGACCGCGAGCAGCGGCGGCAGGCUCUCCGCGACGCCCUCGGAACCGACGACCCCGGC